AGUAGGCUUGCUCAGCACAGGCAGGAGGGCUAGGCGUCUGUGCAGUGACAAGGCGACGGAGGAGGCUGUCGCCCUGCUUCCAGCUCCUCUCCAUCCCCCUGAGGGCUCGCGGCUGCCCCCGGACCCAGCGCUGCAGCGGGGCUGGCCCGUCCCCGGCCCCUGACCCCCCAGCAUGGCGCAGGAGGCAGCCCCCAUCCUGCUGGUGGUCCUCGCCAAGUUGGUGUCAUCCACGUGGCACGAAGGGUCUGGCUACUACGCUGCUGAGGGCCACACCAAUGAAGUGUAUGUGGAAGAACCUCCUCCUGAGCCUGCCCUGGACUACCGCCGAGUGCCCCAAUGGUGUGCCACGCUCAACAUCCACCGCGGAGAGGCCACCUGCUACUCGCCCCGGGGAAGCUCCUACCGCAGCAGCCUGGGAACACGCUGCGAGCUGAGCUGCGCCCGCGGGUACCGGCUGGUGGGGCCCAGCACCGUCCAGUGCCUGCCCAGCCGCCACUGGUCUGGAAUGGCGUACUGCCGGCAAAUUCGGUGCCACGGGCUGCCAGCGGUGCUGCGGGGCUCCUAUGUCUGCUCAGCUGGGGUACAGAUGGAUUCCCGCUGCGACUACACUUGCCAGCCUGGCUACCAGCUGGAGGGCGACCGGAGACGCAUCUGCAUGGAAGAUGGGCGCUGGAGUGGCAGCGAGCCAAUCUGUGUAGAUUUGGAGCCUCCUAAGAUCCGCUGCCCAGACUCCCGAGAGCGGAUAGCCGAGCCAGGCAAGCUGACUGCCACCAUCUACUGGGACCCCCCCCGUGUGAGGGACUCUGCUGACGGUGUCAUCAAGAGGGUGAUGCUGCGGGGCCCAGAGCCCGGCUCUGAGUUCCCUGAAGGAGAGCAUGUGAUCCGCUACACCGCCCACGACCAGGCGUACAACCGAGCCAGCUGCAAGUUCCGCAUCCGCGUGCAAGUGAGGCGCUGUCCUGUCCUGAAGCCCCCGCAGAAUGGCUACCUGUCCUGCACCUCCGAUGGCAACAACUACGGUGCCACCUGCGAGUACCUGUGCGAGGGGGGCUACGAGCGCCAGGGCACCUCGCUGAGGGUCUGCCAGUCCACCCAGCAGUGGACAGGCUCCCAGCCCCUCUGUGCACCCAUGCAGAUCAACACAGCUGUGAACUCAGCUGCCAGCUUGCUGGAUCAGUUCCACGAGAAACGUCGCCUCCUUGUCAUCUCGGCCCCUGACCCCUCUAACCGCUACUACAAGAUGCAGAUGUCCAUGCUGCAGCAAGCCGCCUGUGGGCUGGACCUGCGUCACGUCACCACUGUUGAGCUGGUGGGGCAGCCCCCACAUGAGGUGGGACGGAUCCGGGAGCACCAGCUGUCCCUCAGCAUCAUCGAGGAGCUCAGGCAGUUCCUGCACCUCACCCGCUUCCACUUCAACGCGGUGCUGCUGGACAAGGGGGGCACUGACCGUGAGCGCUACAUCUCCCCCAUCAACCCUGACGAGCUCUUUGUCUUCAUCGACACCUACCUGCUGAGCGAGCGGGAGGCGGCACGGCGGGCACAGAGUGGGGACCCCUGCGAGUGAGGCAGCGCUGGGGAGACCCCCCCUCUGCCUCCAGCCUCGUGACAGACACCUUCCUUUCUGCUUUUCUAGUCGCCCACCGUAGAGGAGGACCAGGGAGCUGAGGGCAGCCAGGGGAAGGGGAGCCCCUCUCCAGCACAGAGAGGCGAGCAGGGAUGGGGACAGGGGCCAUGUGUGGCAGCAUCCCCGCUGCCCAGCAGCCUGGAGCAGCCUCUCUCCAGCUGUGGGGAGGGAUGGCCCAGCCUGGCCAGAACCACAGCAGGAACCACCAGAGUGUCUCCACUAGACCCCAGGGCAGGGGGGAGAUGGGGAAGCCAGAGCAGAGUAGAGUGGACAGGCCAGGGCAGCAGCCUCUAAUGCAGCAGCUUCACCCUCCCCACGGCCAUUCUCACCCCAUGCACAACCCGAACCCCCUCCCUCCCUCCCUGGCACUGCUACCAAGGUCCUGCCCCAGUUGCCAAAAAGCCUUUAGUAAAAGCAGACAGCUCCAUACUCAGCAAAGCCAGCACACAGCCCACCCUGAGGGCUCAUCCUCCCCACCCUACCCUUCGCUUCCCCUUCCACCAGCCAUGGGGCAAC